UUUGGACGAGGGGAGGGUCAGAUGUGGACAGAGGAGCUUCAGUGUAGAGGAAACGAAUCUGAGAUUAGCUUCUGUCCAUCAUCAUCUUCACUCAAACACUCAACCUGUUCCCAUGACAACGAUGUGGGAUUAAUAAGUUCUGGUCACACAGAGGCUCGGCUGGUGAACGGACCGGACUCCUGUUCUGGUCGAGUGGAGCUCCUGUACCGCGGUGUGUGGGGCACAGUUUGUGCUGUAAGCUGGGAUAUGAGAGCUGCAGAUGUUCUGUGUGCACAGCUGGGUUGUGGGAGUGCUGUGGCUGUGGUGGAGGUGGACUGGUUUGGGGAGGGGAAGUGACCACAUCUGGGCUGAUGUGUUUGAUUGUCAGGAGAAGGAGACACACCUAUCACAAUGUGGCGUCUCAUCAUGGAGUCGAGCUGCGUGCUCUCAUAAACAUGACGCUGGAGUCAUCUGUAAUGGAUCCUCUGUGGCACUUCAUGAGGGGCGAGUGCGGUUGUCUGGAGGGAGCGAGUGUCAGGGGGAGGUGGAGAUUUAUUUCAGGCAGGACUGGAGGAGAGUUCUCCUGGACUAAUGGAGUCUGUCUGAGGCGUCUGUGCUCUGCAGACAGCUGGGCUGUGGCUCUGUGCUGAACUACCGCUCCUCUCCAUCCACCACUGAACACAAACACAUGUGUGUAAUAGGUUUCAGCUGCUCUGGUAGUGAAGACCAUCUGAGGAACUGCAGCAGUGCACAAGCUGAACAUGUCAAAUGCAGCUCCAGGGAACGGCUCUACAUCACCUGUUCAGGUAUCUUUAACCCCACCAACAGCUCCAUCAGGCUGGUUGGUUCUGGUGGAGACUGUGCAGGAAGGCUGGAGGUUUUCCACAGCGGCUCGUGGGGGACUGUGUGUGAUGACUCGUGGGGUAUUGAGGAUGUUCAGGUGGUGUGCAGACAGCUGCAGUGUGGAGAGGCCCUCAGUAACCACAUACCAGUCUGGUUUGGUCCUGGAACCGGGUCCAUAUGGCUGAAUGAGGUGGAGUGUGAGGGGAACGAGACGUCCCUGUGGAACUGCAAAUAUAAGCUGUGUGAAGAGGGUGAAUGUGGACACCAUGAGGACGUAGGAGUCGUCUGCUCAGAGUUUAAAGAGAUCCGACUCACGAAGAGCUGUGAGGGGAAUCUGGAAGUGUUCUACAAUGGAACCUGGGGUAAUGUGUGUCACAAUCAGAUGGAUGAUGAGACGGCAAACAUGGUGUGUGGAGAGCUGAACUGUGGAAGACGUGGCAGUCUGUCAUACACUGAAGCACGAGUAAAAUCUGCUCCUAACUGGCUGGAUCAUGUGAAAUGUAGGAAACACGACUCUAAUCUGUUGCAGUGUCCAUCUUCACCCUGGGGACAGAACAGAUGUGAUAAUCAUAAUGAAGUUCAUAUUAACUGCACAGGUAAGAGGACUCUCUCUCUAUAUAUAUACUAGUUUAUACAAUGCUGU